AUGGCCAGAGAUGUGUCUGAUCAUGCACCUUUAAUUGGUUUUCCUUUUGAAACGAACAUGCUUGUUCGGGCUCCUUUUAGAAUUCAGAGAAUGUGGUUUGAACAUGACAAGUUCAUGGAUAUGGUUCGUACCAGCUGGAACGCACCUUUGCAAGAUUCAAAGGCUUAUAUUUUUCCUAAUAAGCUUAGGAGAUUGAAGGAGGCAAUGAAGCUGUGGAACCGUGAAGUUUUUGGUGAUGUGCAUAUUAGAUUGAAAAGGGCUGAGUUGCACUUAGAGGCAGUUCAGGCUAUCUCGGAUUUGGAUCCAAGUGAUGAUGCUAACUUUAACCUUCUGACUGAGGCUUUGGUUAGUGUUGAUCUGGCCAGAGUGAAUUUAGCGACUAUGCUAAAACAGAAGGUGCGUACAACUUGGAUUAUGGAUGGAGAUAGCAACACCAGUUUCUUCCACAAUUCUAUUCAUAUGCGAAGGAAUGCUUCGCUUAUUUCUAACAUUGUUUCUGAUGCAGGUACCAUACUUAAUGACAGCGAUCAAAUCCGUGAUCAUAUUCUGGACUAUUAUUUCAAUAAGUUCAAUGGGUCCGAGACGGUAGUGGAUAUGGACUUAUUCGACUAUGAGCAUCCUAGCAUCAAUUAUGAAGAUAGUAUGCGCAUGGAUGCAGUACCGGAGUUGGAGGAAAUUAAGGACGCAGUUUUUCACCUUAGAGCGGAUAGUGCACCUAGCCCUGAUAGUUUCUCAGGUAUCUUUUGUUUGGUAAAGUACUAA